CCGCGCGAAUGUAGGCAGCACAUUAUACACGCCAAUGAUAUAACCUCACUAUUUUCCUACAAUUUUUAAUUUUUUAUGGAUUCUAAGUCGAUUAAAAAGGAAGUUCCCGCUGAGGAUUACAUCCUGAUUGAGGAUGAGGUCAAAGUUGAGGAAACGUGUGUCCAAGAGCCCCCGACAAGUGUCAUAAUUGAGGAGAGACUCCCAGUGUGUUCAAUGUGUAAAUGUGGUUUUCAGAGGGGCACAAGUGUUAAGUUUUGGCACGAGUCUGAUUUGUACAAGUGUAAUAAAUGUAUUCUCCACUCGAGACUAAGUCAGGUUUUCAAAUCGAAAUUUUUCGCACCGAAGCGAAAACGGGGGAACUACCCGGGCACCAAACGUAAAAAACAACCCAUGUUAGAGGACGACAGUAGUAGGGACAGUGAUGUUGUAAUUGUUGAAUCAGAGGAAGAAACAAUUAACAGUAUUUUUGUCACCAAAGUUUUGUAUGUUUGUUCAGUUUGUAAGGUUAAAUUUGAAAGGAGUGGCAAAGUGGGCUUGAAGGAGGCGUCUGAUUGGUCCAAGUGUAACAAAUGCAUAUUACAUUGCCGCCUCAAUUCGAUUAUCACACCCGCAAGAAAACGAAAAAAUCAAGUUAAAUAAUUUUAUUGUAAUAUUUGUUAUACAAAAUCACAAAGUUUGUCUCUAAAUAAAUCAAACAACACUAAUUGUCUUAAA